CCAACUCAGUCGGAAAUGACCAUCACCCAAGGCCAAGACAAGAAGAGCAUCAUCUCAAGAUGUCCUCCCCAACCGUCUACCAACCCUUGGUCUACUGGGCUCAGACAGAGAAAACUAUCUCACUCAAGGUCGACCUCAAUGACGUCUCUUCACCAGAAGUGGAACUUAAAUCCAAGACGUUGACUUUUAAAGGCUAUGGUCUCGGAGCAAGUGGAAUUCAUCAGUAUGAGUUUUCUCUGGACUUCCAUGACGAAGUAGACCCUGAUGCUAGUGCAUUCCGUGUGCUUGAUCGCCAAGUUGAUUUCAACAUCAGCAAGAAGUCUGUCCUUUCCUUCUGGCCGAGAUUGACCAGUGGAGAGCGCCCCCGUUGGCUACGCAUUGACUUUGACCGAUGGAGGAGUGGUGAAUCGGAUGAAGAAGAGGAUGAGGACGCGAAAAAGAAGCGGGAGCAGGAAGAGCACUUCAAGGAGUUGGAAGAACAGCUCAUGGGUGCAGAGAAACAAGCCUACCAAGAUAUAAAGAAUGUGUAUCUCUUCAUGUAUAACCUGAUACAAUGGAUCAUCUUUACCAUGGUCUUUGUCUACUGCCUGGGAAAAUUCAUCCUCCAUGGAAAAGAGGACCUACCGGCUGCUUAUGAUUGGGCGAUCAUACCGCUGGGGAUCGCUCAAGUGUUUGCUUGUCUGGAGGUUAUACAUGCUAUGACGGGGCUAGUCAAGUCUGGUACUAUGACGGUAUUCAUGCAGGUUUUUGGAAGGAAUUUUGUUCUGUUUGUUGUGAUAAUGAACAAUCCUGAGCUCAAGGAAGAAGGCAUGACACUCUAUCUCUUCAUGGUAUGGAGUGCUGUGGAAGUUGUAAGGUAUCCAUUUUACAUGCUGUCGUGUAUAGACUAUGAAAGUGAAGUGGUAACAUGGCUAAGAUACACUGUGUGGAUCCCUCUCUACCCUCUGGGCUUCCUAUCAGAGAUAAUGGUGGUCUGCCUUGCAAUACCAUUUUACAAAGAAACGGACAUGUUCAGUGUUCACCUACCAAACCGAGCCAAUAUCGCUUUCAGUUUUGUCUACUACAUGUACCUGCACAUAAUCAUCAUUGUCUCAAGUGCUCCAACUCUCCUGUCUCACAUGUGGCGUCUGAGAAAGAAGAAGUACGGCAAGAGGAGGAUCCGAAUCGGAGGAGUAAAACCCAAGAUGAAUUGAGGAAUUCUUACACAAAGAUUCACAUUUAUGUAAAGGAUUUUCUUAUGACCUGUGAUUGAGGUACUAGAUAUUAGAUGAAUUGAACUGAUCAGGUAUUAAAAUUCAUGUAUUUGAAAGAAGAAAUUUGGGUUGUGAAUAUGUAUUGGUUGUAAGAUGAAUUGAUAUGUUGUUUGGUUUAACGAUCCAUUGAGAUUUGAAAGGGAAGAUAGGAAUUGUGUAUUCAGCACUGAAUGAAGAAAAAUGAUGGCUUAUACAUUCCAUUUCCAGACUAAAUCAACCAUUUUUGUAUUAGAAUCAGGAGAAUUACAUCAUUUAAGUAGAAUUUUAUGACUUUAAUUCAGUCCAUCUUAAAGACAUCCAUUAACUUUGAUCCUCGUAUGAGAGGAAGAAAUCCAAAUUGGUAUGAAUUGUAUUCAUAAUAAGAAAGUGUGCUAUUACAGGAAAAAAAAUAGUUUGAUCGAGCAAUAUUUCUUUCUCAAUUCAAUCCAAUCCACAAAAUAUUGAUGCAUAUACACAAUUUGCGCCACUUUCAAAAUAUGUAUGAUUGAAAAUCAGUGGAAUCUCAAAAAGGUGACAGGGUACAGAUUCUGAGCCAUCAUAGGCAUGCAUAGACCAAGUUUUGUAAUAUUUUAAGUAUGUGAAAAAUUUAUGUUUCCCAAUUUAUGUUUCUUGAGAAUGUGACAUACCAAAGCUUACGUCUAAAAGUAUUCAACAAAGGCCAUAUUUCAACCCGUCCAACUUUCAUUCUUAAGUUACGAAAAUGCAAAAACAUCAAAUUUACAAGGGGUAUGAACAAUCCUGCAGAAAAACACAUCUAUAAAGCAUUACCCUCUUGACUUCUGACGGUUGAAGAUGUGUCUGAGCAUGGGCAAGUGAUAGACAUUCAUACAAAAACUGAAAACCAAUCAAGGCAAAUACUGGGAACUUGUUCAUUAAAGUUGUGUAAUCAUUAUUCAUUUAUGGACUGACGGUACAUUCUGUGAUACAGAGGGUGUUUGUUUUUUUUUUUUAAUGAUAUUUCUAACUGAUCUAGUGAAUCAAUCUAAAACUUGUAGAUUUCUGUUCCACACAUUUUAGUCAUGUAUUUUAAUAUCUUUAGAAACAAUAAAUUAAAGCACUUAUUAUACUGACCUCUUCCAUAUGAUUUAUGAAUAAUGUCUUCUAAUUAAAAAAAAGAAAAACAGUAACAUUAUUUGAUAGUCAUGCAAACUCAUUACAGUAAGUUCCAUUUUUCAUGUUCUUAAAAAAAAAUAUAAAUUGCCAAAUUUGUGUUAUUCUUCACAAUGAAGUGGUAUAAGUUCUGUGGGGUGUGAGAUAUAUUACUAUAGAGUUGAUAAACCAGAGUGAUAUUGUACUAACAUUAAAUGAUGAGGAAAAAAAAUCAAUAAAUCA